UUGUAAAAUACUGGAACUUAUGAUGUGUAGAUAAGCUUUCAUUAUAUAAUUCUAUUUUUAGAGUGGUAGAUUCACACAAGGCUUCCACCCGUCACAUUAGAUGGCUGUGGUGGCUGUUCCGGAAUGUCCGGCUGACUGCCGAAGGUUCGAGAGAAAAUUAAGGUUUAUAAAUGCCAUCAACCUAACAGAGACUUGUCCGUUGAAGAACACCAAACUUAAUAAAAUUUCAACACAACCAGCCGACGCGAUUGGAUACCAAGACCCUGUCAAGGUCAGCUGCACAAAUGCCGUCGAAUAAAGAUCGCUUGUACGUGGCCCUCUAUGCGCGCGGAGGAGCUCCAACGAUGCCAGGAAAAGAAGACACAUACCACUGGGCAUUGAUUGUGGGACCAAAGGUCGAGACGCGAGAUAAACGGGGUGUCCGUUACCACGUGAUAGAGGAGCCAAGGUUCGAGGGAGGUUCAAAAUGGUGCUUCAAGGAGCAAUCAUGCGCACUUAACGCCACCAGUAUGCUGCUUGUGCGAGUCAUGAUCGGAAAGGUCGAGGAUAGAAAAUCCUUGGUUGGGAUUUUGCACAAAACCCCUAUUAGGCAGGGCGAAGAAGGGUGGAAUUGUGUAUCUUGGGUGAAGGAGGCGUUGGAGACCCUGCAGGCCGACGAUAAGACGCUAGGCACAAGCGUUGUCGAGUGGCAAAAAGUGCGCGAUGAGGCGAUGGAGUACUGCCAGCGGAAGAAAGAUCAGCACCGUUUUGAUGGCCAAGGAGACUUUGAUAUGAGCAAGCCCCCGACAUAUGAUUUGAUCCGGCGAAAAGAGACCAUCACAUGAGGAGGGGCCUA